AUGUCCGUCGCCGACCGCCUCCAAUUCUUCGCCUCCCUCAACGGCGCCAGCCAGCAAAACCUCUCGCAGAACGCCACUACAGCCCCUCCGACUACUGCCGCGGAAGGCUCUCAACCGGUCCUCAACACCAACAACCUCCAGCCCCGCGCCCUCCACUCCGGCAGCUCCAGCCCGACGCGUCAAGACUUGGGCACGGCUAGAAGCAACCCACAGCUCUCCAAAGCCGGAUCGCGGUCGCUGGGCAACUUGGCCGGCGGGGGCAGUUACAGCCUGCUGAACAGCACCACCAGCCGCACCGGCUCGCACAACUAUCUCGCUGGUGGGGCACGCGUCAACUCCCACAGUCAGAGCUCGUUGCUCCAACCAGACCACCAGCAGGACGGCGACGCUUUAGCGAGCGGCAAGUUCCUCUCGGUCAAGGAACGUAUCGCACGAUACGGAAGCAACAACAAGGAACUCGACGCUACCACGGAAAUCAAACCCCGUCAUGCAGCCGCGGCCAUCACAGUAACCCCCCCGUCCAUCCUCGACAACCCCCACGAUGACGACGCCGACCGUCGCGACAGCGUCAGCGGACCCGCCGAGUCGUCGUACCAUCGUCGUCAUAGCCAUAACACGCGUGCGACGCCGUAUGGGGUGCAGCCGGCGUCCGGGAGGUCGUCGAGGCAUGCUAGUCACCAGGAUUUGCACGGGAAGCUAGCGCAGGGGCAGGGGGAGAGGAUGGAGGUGGAUGAGGUGGGAUCGGUGCGGAGGGCGUCGGCGAUGGAUGUUGAUGUGCAGGAGCAGCAGCCGCUGUUGCGGCAGGAGGAAGGGAAGGAGGAUGGGCACCAGCAGCAUCAGGAGGAGGAGAUGCAGGUCGAUGAACCCGCCGUUCAGAUUCCUCAGGACGAGGAAGAGGCCAAGCCUUUGUUGCAAGACCCCCAAGCCCCGCCGCAGAUCGAGUCGCAGGCCCAGCCCCACGCCGAGGAAGUCAAGCAGGCCCACCAGCCCAUCGCUCAACCCAUCCCUCAGCAGCGUGAGCCCGCCGUCGCCCAAGCGGCCACUCCAGCCAUCGUUGCCACGGAAGCAAUCAAACACACCGCCGCUCCUCCGCCUACCUCAGCGGCCGCCCGCCCCACCAGCGGCACGGCCUCUCCCACUCCCAAAUUCGCCUCCGCAACCCCCAAAUGCACCACCUGCGCUAAACCCGUCUACCUAAUGGAACAACUCGUAGUCGACAACAACACAUUCCACAAAACCUGCCUAAAAUGCAACCACUGCAAAGCCACCCUCAAGAUGGGCAACCUCGCCUCCAUGAACGGCGAGUACUACUGCAAGCCGCAUUUCAAGCAGCUGUUCAAGCUGAAGGGGAACUAUGAUGAGGGGUUCGGGAAGGAGUUGCAUAAGAAGCAGUGGUUGGCGGGGGGGGAUAAGGCUGGCGGGGCCAAGGAGGGGGAGAAGCAGGAGGGGGGGCAGCAGUGA